AUGGGCAAAGGCGAAGUUCUAUCUGGAUACCACAGGAUCGCAUCGUUCUUCGCGAUAACAUGGAAUCUUUAUGCAUACCUUCGGUUAUGGGAAUCGGAUCCGGGGUUUGUAAGGGAGGAAACAUUAGUGGAGACCGAACCCGUGUUCGAAGGUGCGCGUUCAAGUGAGACGGCCCCCAACAAGACAAUGAGAAUCACACGAUCAAAGGCCCGAGCGUUGGCCGCUCUGGCCAAGGAACGGGCGGCGACAGAGGCCGCGAUGGAGGCAGAACGGUCUUUGGACCCGUUAAGUGCGACACGUCGAAUCGGAGGCCGAAAGGGAAGUAAAUCGAAGGAAGAAGAUGACCUUCAAAUCUGUGCAGACAGGUACUGCUACACUUGUGAGGGGGUUGUACGCGGACAUGAUCAUCACUGCGUGUGGUUGAAGAAUUGCAUCGGCUCCAACAACUGGCAACCGUUCGUGCUAUUCCUGGCCACACAUGCUGCUAUGUGCCUGUACGGGAUCUAUCUUACACUUUCAAUUCUUCGAUUCGAUGCUAUUUACCGAGGGAUGAAUCGACGUAAGAAAGCACCAUACCCCCUCUCUUGGCAUCCACCCACCUUGGCAUCUACCCACUUUGGCUACUAG